AUGAACUUGAAGAACCAGAUAAUGACCACAAAUCUGUGGGUGGAACAAUCGUGGUAUGACUACAAGCUGCGCUGGGAGCCUCGUGAGUACGGCGGUGUCCACAUGCUGCACGUCCCUUCCGACCACAUCUGGAGACCAGACAUCGUACUAUACAACAAUGCCGACGGCAACUUCGAGGUAACAUUGGCGACCAAGGCGACCAUCUAUCAUCAGGGGCUGGUGGAAUGGAAACCUCCCGCCAUUUACAAGUCUUCCUGCGAAAUAGACGUGGAAUAUUUUCCUUUCGACGAGCAAACGUGCGUUCUUAAGUUCGGUAGCUGGACGUACGACGGAUUCAAGGUGGACCUGCGGCACAUGGAUGAACAAGCUGGCAGCAAUGUGGUGUCAGUAGGGGUGGACCUCUCGGAAUUCUAUAUGUCAGUUGAGUGGGACAUAUUGGAAGUACCAGCUGUCAGGAACGAAAAAUUCUACACGUGCUGUGACGAGCCUUACCUGGACAUCACUUUCAACAUUACGAUGCGGCGGAAGACCUUGUUCUACACAGUAAACAUCAUCAUCCCCUGCAUGGGCAUAUCUUUCCUCACUGUGCUCACGUUUUAUCUACCUUCUGAUAGUGGAGAAAAGGUGACGCUGUCGAUAUCAAUUCUGAUUAGUCUCCACGUAUUCUUCCUUCUGGUGGUGGAGAUUAUCCCCCCUACUUCACUGGUUGUGCCUCUUCUGGGAAAAUAUCUUAUAUUCGCUAUGAUCCUCGUGUCGAUAAGUAUAUGUGUAACGGUAGUGGUACUAAAUGUCCACUUCCGUUCGCCGCAGACACACCGGAUGGCACCCUGGGUGAAGCGGGUCUUCAUACACAUCCUGCCACGGUUACUCUUUAUGAAACGACCGCAAUAUAAGUUUGAUACAACAAGAUCGCGGUACACGGCCUGUGGUGUGGUGGUCAGAUGCGGAGGAGCAGCCAGGCCUCUCUACCCGUACAGGCUUGCGGCGGCAGAUGACGACUGCUGCGCGCCCGGUGCCUGGCCCCCGCCUGCUGCACCACCUCCAAGGCCAUUAACUCGCACGCCGAGUAAAGAGGAUCUCACACAUACCACCUAUCUUAAUUCUGGUAUGGGGGACAGCAAUAGGUUUGGAGGCAGCUGUUUGGUACACGGGUCAAGCGAAGGCGGCGGGGCCGCCGGUCUCGGCGGGCUGGCAGGUCCGGCCGCAGACGAAGAGACGUUAAGCCCUGUGCCUGAUCCCCCGCCUGGGUUCAGCCAUUCGGCUUGUCCUCCUGAAGUUCACAAAACAUGCUUUUGUGUGCGCUUCAUUGCUGAGCAUACUAAGAGGCUCGAGGACUCUACUAAGGUAAAAGAGGACUGGAAAUACGUAGCAAUGGUGCUUGAUCGUUUGUUCCUGUGGAUAUUCACGCUGGCAGUGUUGGUGGGCACAGCAGGGAUUAUCCUCCAGGCGCCCACGCUCUACGAUGAUCGGGUGCCCAUAGACAAGCACUUUAACCAGUAUGCCACCACGACGCUGGUGCGGUGUCCGCCACCGACAUAA